AUGUCAAACAUCAAGAAGUCUCAAAAGCCUGAUAUACGUCAAGGACCAGCGUUUCACGCUGGCGAUUACGUUCGUAUAAGCAAAUACAAAGGAGAUUUUUACAAAGGUUAUACCCCUAAUUGGUCUACAGAAAUAUUUCGUAUCGUUAAAGUCAACCAAACCAAUCCUCAAACCUAUCAAAUAGAAGACAAACACAAUCAAAAAAUUCUAGGCUCUUUUUACGGUUACGAAUUACAAAAAACUAAAUUUCCAGACUACCUUUAUCUUAUUGAAAAAGUCAUUAAAAGAAAAGGAAAUAAGCUUUUAGUAAAAUGGGUAGGUUUGAGUGAUGAAGAAAAUAGUUGGGUGGAUAAAAGUGAGUUAGUGGUUUAG